AUGAGUAAGUCUCCCACGCCCAAGAGCACUCCGGUGCAGAGGAGUCCCAGUGAUGGCGUCCUGGAGGGUCUGCAGUCGCCCCAGUCCGACAGCGGAUCCCAGAUGAAGAAGCGCAUCUCCAGCCUGCUCCAGAGCCCAUCGUUCCGAGAGGAUCUGGACGGGCUGAUCCAGGAGCAGAUGAAGAAGGGGGGAAGCUCGUCAAACCUGUGGGCUCUGAGGCAGCUGGCCGACUACAUGUCCUCACACGGAUCUCCCGCCAGCCUGCCGGUGGCUCCAAACAACAUGAUGACGGUGACCCCCAUAAACGACCUGCAGAGCUGGGAGCCCGGGCGUCUGGUGAAGGGGGAGAGGAUCAUGAGGUGUAAGCUGGCCUCGGUUUAUCGGCUAUUCGACCUCCACGGCUGGGCCCACCUCCGCCACACCUGCCUCACGCUGCGUGUGAGUAAAGAGCAGGAACACUUCUUGGUGCUCCCCGACGGUCUCGCCUACAGUGAAGUCACCGGCUCCAGUCUGGUUAAAGUGAACCUCCUGGGCGAGGUGGUGGAGAGGGGCAGCACUAACCUGGGUGUGGAUUUGGACAAGUUCAGUCUUCAUUCGGCCAUUUACUCGGCUCGCCCUGAUGUCCGCUGCCUGCUGCACCUUCAGACCCCAGCCUCAGCUGCCGUGUCCAACAUGAAGUCUGGGCUGCUGCCGCUCUCUCACGAGGCCAUGUUGGUCGGAGAAGUUGCUUAUUACGAUUACAACGGCGUCAUGGAGCAGGAGGAGGAACGAGUGGAGCUGCAGAAAAGCCUGGGUCCCACUUGCAAAGUGCUUGUGCUGAGAAACCAUGGUAUCGUGGCUCUGGGGGAGACUGUGGAGGAGGCCUUCUACUCUGUCUACCACAUACAAGCAGCGUGUCAAAUACAGGUGUCGGCUUUGUGUUCCUCUGGCGGGGAGCAGAACCUGAUCGUGUUGGACCGCAGCGCACACAGACCGGCUCCGGCAGGGACCGUGGGCUGGGCCGGCUCCACCUUCGGCCCCAUGAGCAAGAGUCGCACCGGAGAGCACGAAUUUGAGGCUCUGAUGCGUACCAUGGACAAUCUGGGCUAUCGCACAGGCUACACAUACCGCUUCCCCCUGCUGCUGGAGCGCUCUCGGAUGCGGCGGGACGUGGAGGUGCCCCCCACAGUCACAGGGUUCUACCCCUUUGAUGAGGACGGGGGGCACCCAGCUCUCAGGCAGCACCCCUUUGUCAACAAGCAGCAGCAGGAGCGGACGCGCUGGCUCAACACCCCCAACUCCUACCAGAAGAUCAACCAGGAGCAGGCCAGUCCUGGACACCAGCGCACAGUGUGGAUGAAAACAGAUGAGUUUACCCAAGCUGGAAGCACUCCCAUCAAAAUCGAAACCACCAACCAGUUUGUGCCUCUUUUCACCAAUCCACGGGAGGUGAUUGAGACACGGAACAAGAUUCGACAACAGAAUCGCCAGGACAUGAAGACAGCCGGCCCACAGUCCCAAGUCCUCGCCGCCGUCAUCAGUGAAGACAGUCCCCCGUCUCCAGUGAGUCCGCCUGUGCUUCCUCCAGAACCUGAGCCUCCAAACCCCUUCAAUGAACUCACAGACCAAGCACUGGAGGAGUACCGUCAGGAGGUGCAGAAGAAGCAGCACACCGGCACCAACGGGGAGGAUGUGGAGUCUUCCCCUGCCACCUCCCCCACAAAGCUGCUCUCCCCUUGCCAGUCCCCUCUGUCAGAUAAGCCCAAGAUGGAUGACACCGUGCUCCAAAACGGUGGCGAGGAGGAGAAGCAGACGACAGAGGAGCUGGAGAAAGGCAUGAAAGAGCUGACCACCAACGACACGAGCGCCGCCCCCAAACUGCAAGGCAACACGCCCGAGGGAUCGCCGUCCAAGUCCCCCUCCAAGAAGAAAAAGAAGUUCAAGCCGCCGUCGUUCCUGAAAAAAAGCAAAAAGCAAAAGGAGAAAGUAGAGAGUUGA